AGCGCGAUCGUAAAUGCUAUCUCAACGCAAAUUGUUAGAAAUGAGCAAAUUCGUGGCGUAUUUUCUACACUUGUUGAUCCUAACAGCAUAUGCUGAAGGUAGGUUUCUUAAUAUCAACUUAAUAUCAAAAAAUUCUUGGAUGAAAUUAUCAUGUGCGUUGAUGAUCGAAAGUCUUAGGAGAAAAACCCUAAAUUGAUCCUUACGGCAAGAGGAUUGAGAGAAAAAUAUUCUUUAUAUGCAAGAAAACUCAAUGGUAAACGUACCGUAAAGUAUAAGCCCUCCAAACUCGUAACGCAAAAAACCCUCUGAUAAAUCGACCCUCCAAAUACAAGCCAACGGCGGCUUGUACUAUUGCCCUCAAAUUCAAAAUAAAACAAAGCAAAAGCUGUACAGUGACACAUAAAUUGUUGCAUUUGCCAAAGAACUAUUACGUGUGCCAAAUGAUUGCAGUCAAAAAGUGUCACAUUAUAUUACUGUUUGCGUAGCUCACCCUUUACCCUGCGAGCAGAGGCCCUUCGAUCUUCCUAGAUAAGUCGGGAAGAGGAAGGGGGUAUUCACCCUUCAGUCUUGGCUUGGAUUUCCUCGGUCCAUAAUAGAUAAAGUACUUGCAUGGCUGAGGUUUAGGAAGAUCUACGCCAAACUUGCCGAAAAUUACUGACAUAAAUUUCCUUCCAACUAUAAGCUAGCCCAUUUGAUUUCAAUUGCCUCCCAGUGUAAGCCUAGCCAAUUUUGAAGCGCAAAUUUCCCUCCGUAUAAUGCAGAUUUAGCCAGGGCUAAAAGCGAAGCUCUCGAUAAUUUUUAUAGUUUGCUCAAACAAAAUAUAAAAUCGUGUAAUGCUACGCGGUGAAGGCAACAAGAACGGUGAAAAAAAUAACAAUAGGGCUAAUUAGCUAAAAAGCAACUUUGCACGAGCAGCAAACUUUUUUCUUACAUUCUUUGCCGUUGUUUUGCACGACUGCAACGUGAAACUUCCAGAAACUUCCUUGUUACACGUUUUAUGGAGGAAAUGUCGGACGUGUUCUUGUUCGCUUUUUUUUCCACUGUCGCUCAUUUUCCGUGACCCUGGUGGCCGCUAGCAUUCCGUCGCUACAAAAUUUCAUGUUGUUCCCCCAACAAAAAGUGUCUCCUAAUUUUUUUUUUCUCUCUCUCUCUCGCUCUAACGCUAGCUCCUUUUCUCGUUGAUCUUCGCUGACCUGUCCCACUAUUUUCUCUUUUUCUCUGUCUUUCUCUUUCUCUAUAUUCCAAAUUUGUGGACAUGACAAUAUUAAUCUAGACUUAACACUUUAGACAACACGGAUGCAGAAACAUUUUCCGCUUUCCGUUUUCGUCUUUAUUGACUCUUUAGUUGUCUCUGCUUCACAAGACGCGGGCGGCCAUAUACCCAGGGUACAAGAGGUUUUUCUUGCGUGUGGUAGAAAAGUCUCUGGCACCCAGGGUAGCGGCCAUACGCUUUCACGCCAAAAUAACCUGACAUUUGGCAUCGGCUUACAUGUAGCGGUUGCAUGGACGGUCGUUCGGGCGUACGCUACGUCAUAGUCAAAUUUCCUUGCUUUCAUAGGUUACCGAUUUAUCUUAGCAAUGGGACUCCGCCGCGCGCGCUGAUCGCACUCGGGAGCUCCGCUAGAAGUCCCUCCAAAAAUAGGGUCCUUGAAAAAUAAAAAACCACUGGGCUUAUUUUCGGAAUUUUACGGUCAGUUCGGUUUGCAACACUAACCUUCAACAGAGACUAAAAAAGAAUCAUAUCCCUUUCAUUUUAGCCGCAACUGGAACUAGGAUGUGUACAUUCAAUUUUAUUCAUCGCAUCACCAAGCGUAAUGUAAGUACUCGGAAAGAAUUCCUCCCGCCACGCACUAAAGAUUAAAAUCAUAUUUCAGCGCGAUACAUCACGUUCAUGCUUGCGCGCGUGGAAAAUCGCCUCUGUCCCGCGUGUUGCGUUUACUUGCAGAAACUUUCCGCGUGCUCACGUGCUUCGCGCGGUCAACCCCAGCCCCCGGGAGAGGAAAAAAGGUGGUAAGGUGCAUAAUAGUGAAUGUUCUAUAAUUUUUACACAAAUGUGCCAGGAAUAAAAUAAACUAACCUAAACUAAACAUCCAAAUUCUUUUCACAAAUAAAGGAACAAUAUGCAAUUCACCAUGGCAACUGGCAUAUCACAAUGACGUCAGUGGAAAGGCCGUCUCAGGAUCUAAGGCUUCUUUGGAAGCUGCUGUGCUAUCAGGAGCACGUGUACGUGUGGUGAUUGGAACGUCUUACAGCGCUGAAGCAGACAAUGUGCAAAUAAGCAACAAUCAGGUCUUUGCUCAAUUACUGAAUCAUGUCAGCAAAGCUUCAUGGGACAAGUUUCAAAACAAUGCCUAUUGGUGGUGGGUAAUUGUGUCAACUGAUGGACUGAUGCAGAUGACCAGGUAUAAUGUGGGCUCAAAUACACACCGUGGAACCAACAACGCUAAAAGAAACAUCAAAUGGUAUGUGCAGACACCAGGUUUUAUCCCCAAACCAACAUACUCGCAUCAAGCCAAUGGAGAUAAAGUUCGGGGAAGCUUCAAUCUCCUUAAGAGCAGUGUUCAGAACGGUGAGGAAAUCCGAUGCGUGAGUGACAGGAGUUACUCUUUCCCUCUCCAGAAUGUUGUCAUUAAAAGCCAACAUCCUGAGUUAGUUGCUGGGCAAACUUUGGAUCACGUAGCUUCUGGCACAAAGUUUCUAGUGGGUAAUACCUACUGGUGGUUUAUUAUGGUGAAUUCUCGUGGAGUACGUGACAUGUCACGAUGGACGGUUGGGGCACACCAGUCACGAGGUCACACCCAAGGCACCACAGCAAUUGACUGGUUUGCAGAUGGCUGCUGGAAAGAGGUCUACUCUCAUGAUGCCAAAGGGCAACAGAUAUCUGGAUCACUCUACUUGCUGACAUCAGCUAUAUUGUCAGGGCGACGUGUUCGUUUCCAGGUCCCUAACUGGAAUUACUACACUGCUGAAGCUGACAAUCUGUCAAUACGUAAUGGUCACGUGACAGCCCAAGCACUUAAACACGUCAGCAAAGCUGGAUUUACCAGAUUCAAGAGUGAUGCCUACUGGUACUGGUUAAUGGUUUCUACCACAGGGACUGUUCGCGCCACAAGGUACAAUGUUGGGGAACACAAGCACCGUGGAGAUUCUACAGACAAGCUGAAAGUGAAGUGGUUUGUUGACACCAGACCAUGGAAAAACAUUCUAUCCAAUGACCAGUCAGGAAAGGUGCUAAGCGGCUGUCGUGAUGCUUUGGUACAGGCUGUAAGAGCUGGAGCAGAUGUGAGAUGUGUACAAGGUGAUGAAGUGCAAGGUUAUGUAUACAAGGCUCAAAACCUGGCCGUGUCUCCAGAUGAACAACAAGUCGCUGCUCAAGCUGUUAGCCACGUCAGUAUGACAUCAGCACCUAAUCCUAAUGAGGUAAUGAUUCAGCCUAAUGCCUAUUGGUGGUUCACUAUCGUGUCUACAACUGGGCUGAGAGAGAUGUCUCGCUGGUCUGUUGGUGCACAUGUAGAUCGUGGGCAUACUGCUGACAGAGUUGGCCAGAAGUGGUUUGUGAACAAUUAACUACAACCUACAACACUUCUCAAUAGUGCCAAAGCAAAAUUAGUCACUCAGGUAUAAUGGGAAUUUUAAUGGUUUAUAAACUAGAAAAAUAACUGUUAAUUGUUAAUUGAGUGAAAAAAGCAAGUCUUAAGCAGGUUCACAAUAGUUGUUAAACAUGUAAACAAUAAACAAGGAGUGACAAAAAUAAAAACCAUAAAGGU